UGACCUAAUAGUUGUAUAAUAGGGUCGUGUGUCACCAGUUGUUUACGAAAGAGUUGUGCCAGGUACACACUUCCUCAAACAGAAUUCCUUCUCCAAUACGGGUUUCUGUCGCGGCUUGUCGUUUGUUACGAAAAUUUACAGCUUUGUUAGGAAACUAAAAGGUUUUAAGGGACAAAAAUGCAUCCGGCCGUGGCGUUUCUGGCGCUGAUCGUGUUCAGCGCGAUGGAGUGGAGAGUUACAGCAAAGAUCGGCUUGACUGCUCAGUCCCCACACCUGGCACUAUUUGAAGAGUUUGCUGUGCGGUACAACAAGCAGUACAACAAUACUGAAGAGUACCUGAAGAGGUACUAUGUGUUCCAAGACAACUUGAAGAAGGCAGAAACUCUGCAGGACUCAGAGCGAGGCACAGCCAAGUAUGGAGUAACUAAGUUCAUGGACCUAACAGAGGAUGAGUUCAGGAGGUACUACUUGACACCUGUGUGGAAAGCCCCAGCCAAGCCUCUCCCACCUGCCACCAUCCCUAAGAAGGAUGCUCCAACAGCGUUUGAUUGGCGGGAUCACGGUGCUGUCACUGAGGUCAAAGAUCAGGGCCAAUGUGGUUCCUGCUGGGCCUUCUCUACUACAGGGAAUAUUGAAGGCCAGUGGGCCAUCAAGAAGGGAAACCUUCCUGAUCUCUCAGAGCAACAGUUGGUGGACUGUGACAAAGUAGAUGAUGGUUGCGAGGGCGGGCUUCCCUCACAAGCAUAUGAUGCAAUCAUCAAGAUGGGUGGUCUGGAGUCUGAGAAGGCAUACCCCUAUGAGGCCAAGGAUGAGCAGUGCCACAUGGAUUACUCCAAGGUCCAGGUCUACAUCAACAGCUCUGUCAACAUUUCCAAGGAUGAGAAUGACAUGGCAUCUUGGCUAGCAGAGAAUGGCCCCAUCUCCAUUGGAAUCAAUGCAUUCCCCAUGCAGUUUUACAUGGGAGGGAUUUCCCACCCCUGGAGGAUCUUCUGCAACCCUGAGGAGUUGGACCACGGUGUGCUGAUCGUGGGAUAUGGAACCAAGGAUGAAACGCCCUACUGGAUCAUAAAGAACAGUUGGGGCAAGAACUGGGGAGAGGAGGGUUACUACCUUGUGUACCGAGGGGGCGGAGUGUGUGGGCUCAACACCAUGUGCACAUCCUCCGUCGUCCUGUAACACCACUGUCAUCAUCACAACCAACAUCAGGUCAACAAUGUAUCCAGUUCCUUGAUCUGUCUCACCCUGCUGAUCUUCAGUGCUACUUUAGAGAAUGGUUUACUUUAGUGGCUGUGAAGACAAAGCAGGGAGAAAGAUGAGAGAUAGUCAUACUACUCUUAGAAGGGCCUAUAUGAUGUGUUGUAGAGGAAAUAUGCCCUUAAGUUUGUUUUGUUGUGAAACUGAUACAGUAGAAGAAGAGUAUUAAGUUCACAUGAGUAGUUUUUUUAAGAUUCUGCGAUGGAAGUAUGAGCUUGUGGUGAUAGCAAUUGAUUUAGUCUUAGAUUUUGAUCUACUUUUUCAAUAUUGAAUUUUAGAACUUUGACAGAGAGUUUUUGUACAAUUGGUGUGUAACACAUUGAUAUCAAAAUUUGAAAAAAAAUGAGUGGAUAAACAAAAUUAUUGAAGGAUGGUUCCAUAGUGUCCUGUUUGGCAGGGAUCCUUUGUUGGAAAAAACUAUGCAUGAAAUCAGUGAGAGCAAGGUGAGAGAAAAUAUUUUCUAGGCCCAUGUUCCCCAUUGCUGUCCAAGUCUCAGGGGAGAAUUUGUCUGACUCAAGCUAAACUGUGCAGAAUGGCUGCAUCCUUCUCAGGGGAGUUGGCUGUCAAAUCAGUCAUACAGCAAACUACCGUUAGACCAAUCCUAACCACAGUCAGCAGUGGCAGCACCACACUUUUCAGUACCAGGGACAGUUUUGUAUGAUGUAUUGCCUCGAUUUUGAAUAUUGAUAAUUACGUAGUACAGAAUCUGUUCUCCGGAUUGAUUUACCUGAAGUAAUUGGUGGAAAGACACAUAAUGUAAUCAAGAGUUGCAAGAUGUUUUUGGUAAUUUUUAUUCUUUAAUGGGUUUAUGGGAUAUCAACUUUGGAUCAUAAUUUUUAGGGUCUUAUUGAGACUUUUUACUGAGAAAUUCUUUGCAUUAGCAUGCUGAAUUAUGUGGAGACUAAUUAUGCCAGACACUUGGCCUUUAUGAUAUUCUAUAAGCUCAUGUUUGUAACCCCAUCUAUAUUGUUAAGUCUUUAAAGUGCACUUUUACGCUAUGAGCUAGCUUUUCAUCUCUAGGCUGACCUGACAUCCAUUAGUUGGCUCACCAUGUGCAGGGUGUCAUUGUGAAAGUGGAAUCUAAUGGAAUGCUAGCUUCUGAUGGCAGAUUGCAUUUCCUUUGAUGAAAAGGAAGUCACAGUCUCCUUCAAAGCUUGCCUUUAUUGUGGAGAAAGCUAGAACAUUUGCUGCCACAGUGUCUACAGUCCAUGGUAGAAGGAUGUGUGAGGUUUUUUGUUAAAGCCUCAGAGUCUCAUUUUUUCAUCUUGCCAAGGACAAAUCUUAAUGGGGUUCCAAAUUGGCUAAUAUCUCCAUCGUCACAUGCGCAAAUUAACUUGAUUACCUGGCGGCAGGAUUCCAGAAACAGAAGUAUGAAUGUAAUCCAGAAACGUUGCUGGAAUGGAAAUUUUGGUGACACAAGCACUCAAAGGAGCUGAGAUAGAAACCAUUUAUAAAAUAUUACGGGUGACUUUUAGACGGCUUGCACUAAUUUUCUUUGGUGGGCGCACUUUCACAGAAGAGGAUACAUUUUUUUCUUGCUUGAAAAUAUCCAGAUCCAAACAAUAGAUGUUCAUCCACAAAAUGAUUAUUGUAUACGUUUUGAUCUUAACAUUGCAUUAAUAUGUUUUGUUGUUGUUGUUGUUGUUUGUGUUGUUGCCUAAUUUUUAGGGCUACAUUUAUGAACUUUAAUGAGGGCAGUCAAGAAAUUUGAACAUCUUAAUAAAAAAUCGUUUUGGACAUAUUUUACCCUAAGGUAUGUAGAAAUACAUUGUAGAUAUGUUAGGAAGUGCAGGUACAUUUUCUACAUGUACACAACACAAUGGCUCAAGAUGAAUACUGACAUGUAUGUAUGUAUAGUAGAAGCCAGCAUAUACAAAAUGUAGGACUGGUUGAAAUUUGAAAAAAUAACUUUUGUUAAUGAUGUAAUUUUCUUGGAUCCUUCAGAUGAUUCAUAGUUGAUACACACAAAUGCAUCACACAUCUUUUUCUGGAUUAGGAUUUAAAUGCUAUGAAAAUGAGAUUGUAUUCUACUCUGUAGGUAAUAAAGGCUGUAGAAUGUAUGUACAACUGUACAUAUGACUAUGUUGUGUAUUCA